CCAUAAUGUUCAAUUUCACGCCUCUUCUGGGCGCUCAGUCGGCGUCGCCUGCAACUCAAUCCCUGCUAGAAUUCGAUGGCGGCGUUAAGGUACUGGUGGAUGUCGGUUGGGACGAGAGCUUCGAUGCUGGGAAGCUGAAGGAGCUUGAGAAGCAUGUACCAACCCUCUCAUUCAUCUUACUUACUCAUGCGACCACGGCACACCUUGGUGCCUUUGUCCACUGCUGCAAGCACUUUCCGCUAUUCACACGUAUACCAAUCUACGCGACCACGCCGGUCAUAUCUCUCGGACGGACGCUUCUACAAGAUCUAUACGAAUCUACUCCACUCGCGUGCUCUACGAUCCCCACAGAUGCGCUCGCUGAAUCUUCCUUUUCAUUUCCAUCUUUGAAAGAUGGCAGCAACCCCAAUAUACUUAUGCAGGCGCCGACACCGGAAGAGAUUGCCAGUUAUUUCGGGCUAAUCAACGCACUCAAAUAUUCCCAACCGCAUCAACCACUACCAUCACCGUUUUCGCCUCCUUUGGGUGGGCUUACCAUAACUGCUUACAGUGCAGGUCACACACUGGGGGGCACUAUAUGGCACCUACAACACAACAUGGAAUCUGUCGUCUAUGCUGUAGACUGGAAUCAAGCCAAAGAACACGUCCUUUCAGGCGCAGCGUGGCUGGGAGGGCCUGGAACAGGAGGAUCCGAAGUCCUGGAGCAGUUGCGUCGCCCGACUGCUAUGAUCUGCAGCAGCAGAGGAUCACCUGGAAUCUCAAAACAGCGCAGCAAGCGGGAUGAAGCUCUGCUUUCAUUGAUCCGGGACACAGUGGCAAACGGCGGCUCCGUACUGAUACCAUCGGAUUCCAGCGCGCGAAUUCUGGAGUUGGCAUACCUGUUGGAAGAGACCUGGCAAAAGGAAACUUCCAAGUCUGAAAGUAACAGUCCCCUCAAGAAUACUAAACUUUACCUGGCCAGCCGAACUGCUGGAGCUACCAUGCGAUACGUGCGUAGUAUGCUUGAGUGGAUGGAGGAAGGCAUAGUGAAGGAAUUUGAAACUGCGACUGGUGCCCAAGAAGCGCAGGAGCAGAUGCGCAAUCGCGGGUAUCAAAGCGGAUCUAAGGGCGAAGACGACAAACCUCGUGCGCCGUUCGACUUCAAACAUAUCAAUUUGAUUGAACGCAAAUCUCGAGUCUCUCGAAUGCUAAACACUGCCGAACCUCGCGUCAUCCUUGCUAGUGACACGUCACUCGAAUGGGGUUUCUCUAAAGAUGCCGUCCGUAAUCUUGCAUCUGAUGAGCGUAAUCUCAUUAUCCUCACCGAACGCAUUGCAGAGUACGAUGCUCAGCACAAAGGUUUGGGCACAUAUCUGUGGGACCUGUGGACCGAGCGUAGUGUUUCAUCUGACUCAGAAUCGUCUGGUGCGGCUAUUGUGAGCACUGGUGGCGAGCAGAUAUCUUUACAGAAAUACCAAGCGGCUGCAUUACAAGGAAGCGAGCUUCCACUUUAUCAACAAUACCUUGCCACACAGCGACAACUUCAAAACACCACGCAAGGUGAUUCAGGCACCUCUUUAGAAACAUCUGCUGAUGUGGUAGACGAUCGCUCUUCUUCAUCCUCUGAUUCAUCAGGAGAUUCCGACAUUGAAUAUCAAGGCAAGGCUUUGAACACGGCAACCACGCUACAGCAUGCUCGCAAUAAACUCGGGUUGAGUGAUGCGGAAUUAGGAAUCAACAUACUGAUCAGACGUAAAAAUGUGUACGAUUAUGAGGUUAGAGGAAAGAAGGGCAGGGAAAAGAUGUUUCCGUACGUGGCAAAACGCCGAAGGGCAGAUGAUUUUGGGGACCUGAUCCGACCAGAAGAGUUUGUUCGGGCUGAUGAAAACGACGAUAUUGCCGGGGAAACUCUUCGUGGUGAUGGCAUCAAGAAAGAGAAUGCGGUGGGACAAAAGAGGAGGUGGGAAGGUGUCGCCGUAGCGGGUGAAAAUGGACGCCGGCCGCUCAAUGGUACCACGAAGCGUCGUAGAGCUGAGCCAAACAGUGCCGAAGCGAACGACGAUGCAGAGUCAUCAGAAGAUGAAGCUGAUAAUGACCCUGACAAGGUCGACGGACCCUCUAAAGUCAUCAUUGGUACUGAAAUGCUGCAAUUGCAUUGCCGUUUAGCAUUUGUCGACUUCUCGGGCCUGCACGACAGACGCACAGUCCAGAUGAUGAUGCCUUUGAUCAAGCCUAGGAAACUUAUUCUUGUCGCUGGGAACGAAGCAGAAACAAACAGCCUUGCUGAAGAUUGUCGCAAAGUGCUUAAUGCAAGCCUGGAUGACACGGCCAACGCAGUGGACGUGUUCAUACCGACUAAUGGUAUGAUGGUCAAUGCAAGCGUGGAUACAAACUCAUGGUCUGUCAAAUUGAGUCGCGAUAUGGUGCGCAAACUUCAGUGGCAGAAAGUGCGUGGACUAGGCGUUGUCGCAAUCACCGGUAGACUUGCUGCCGCAUCCCUUGAAACAGAGCCCAAGGAGGAAGAUGUUACAGCAAAGAAGAAGGCGAAGCUGGAUAAUUCAGUCGCUGCGCUUGCUGGAGAAGACAAGAUGGACACGACACCCGUUCUCGACGUUGUCCCUACAAGCAUGGCCACUGCUGUUCGAUCUGUUGCCCAGCCAUUCCAUGUUGGUGACCUUAGACUCGCUGAUCUUAGGAGGAUCAUGCAAGCUUCUGGAAUGACUGCUGAAUUCAGAGGAGAGGGUGUGCUAGUCAUCAACGGUACUGUAGCAGUACGCAAAACAGCUACAGGGAAAAUUGAGGUUGAUGGCGGGGCUUAUGGCUUCUCGGAUAUGAAGAGUUCUCAGAAUCUCACGUUCUUCCAAGUGAAGAAGAAGAUCUAUGAGGGUCUAGCUGUCGUUGCGGGGGGCUAA